CCCCUUCUUCCCUCCCCGCCGACCAAACCAAGAAGAAGAAAGGGGAAAAAAUCGAAGGAAAUUAAACAAUCCGAGAGGAGAAGCUAGGGUUUUCGCCAUGGCCACCGCCCACCUCGAGCUCCUCCACCCCUCCCCCAUUCCCAAUCUCUCCUAGAGCAAGGCGGAUCCCCUCCCCCCGCGCAUCUCGCAUCCGCGCGAAAGCGCCGCCUUCCCCCCCCCCCCCCCCCCCCCUUUCCGCCCGCUCCUUCCCCUCCGUCCGAGGGUUUCCUUUUCCCUUUCCCUUUCCCUCAAAGCCGCCGCAUCGCAUCGCGUCGCUGACGGGAUUAGCAAGCAACCCGCGCGCCGGUCUAUCGUCAUCAGGUAGGCGCUGGCGAUCGAGCUCCGGGCGAGGGCUUUGGCGGCGGCGGCGGCGGCGGUCGGAUAAUGUGUAUACUGUGCGCCGUGCAACGGUGGUCGCGGCGCGUCGCCACCAUGCUGCCGUGGCUCGUCCUCCCGCUCAUCCUCCUCUGGGCGCUCUCCCAGCUCCUGCCCACAGCCUACCGCUUCGAGGUCACCUCUCCGCGCCUCGCCUGUGUCUCCGUCCUGCUCCUCACCCUCUUCUGGUACGAGAUUCUUCUCCCACGCCUCUCCCUCUGGCGCGCACGCCGCUCCGCGCGCCUUCGUGAGGAGCGCCGUGCCCACGCACUCGAGCUACAGAAGCUCCGCAAGACCGCCACACGCCGCUGCCGCAACUGCAACAACCCAUAUAGGGACCAGAACCCUGGAGGCGGCAAGUUCAUGUGCUCUUAUUGUGGCCACGUAUCCAAGCGGCCUGUGCUUGACCUUGGCCCUGCAGGGAAGGUCCCAACUGGUUGGCCUUGCAGUCAGGAUUGGGCCAAUGCUGUAGGUGACCCAGGUUACUGGCUUGACCUGCGGUGCUCCGCCGAUAAUUCAUACUCAGGCUUCUCAUGGCGGCUGUUCUCGACCUUCUAUGUGAGCGUGGCAUGGUUCUGGAAGAAAGUGUUCAGGUUUGGGUCAUCGGGGGACGGUGGUGGCAUGGGCCGGGAUGGCAAAAUGUUGACAAAAGGAGAUAAUGCAGGGAAGGCUGAGGAGAGCAGAGUGGACAAGGCAAAAAGGAAGGCUGAAGAGAAGAGGUUGGCGAGGCUAGAGAGGGAAAUGCUGGAGGAGGAGGAAAAGAAGCAGCGGGAAGAGAUGGCAAAACUAGUAGAGGAGCGUAGAAGGCUGAGGGAUGAGAAAGCAGAGGCUGAGGAACGAUCCAAAGGCGCUACCCCUGUCGGGGAGAAGGAUGCUAGGAAGGAAGCAGAACGAAAGCGUCAGGAAAGAAGGAGGAAGGAAGACAAGGGAUCAAGCAAGAGUAAUUCAGAUUGCGAGGAUAUUGACAGAAGAGUAAGCAGAGAGGGUGAGUGGAAGCGGGACUUCGAUAGAAGGAAUGAGCCAGACAGGCGGGAUACAGGUAGAGUUGGAGCAGAUGGAUAUAAGCCUCAUAACUUUGAAGCUAACGUUCAGGGUAGUAAGGUAGUACAGAGCAAGACAAAAUAUUUUGGUCGUAUGACUGGAGGUUUGUUAUCUUCUUCCAGAGGUUUCAGCGGUGGUUCCAUUUUUGGUAGGAGUGCUCAGGCCCCUGCUCCUCAAGCUAACAAGGUGACUAAACCACUUGUUACUGCAACUGACCAGAGUAAUACAGUUAAAAGAGACGCCCAGUCUGCAGCUGCACAAGCAAUGGCCAAAUCUGCUACCGCUGGAGAAACUAGAAAUAUGUGGAAUAAUUCUCAUCAACCUGUUAGUCCAAAUAUGCAGGCACAUCCCACAGGUCCUAAAAAGUCAUGGCAUCAGCUGUUUAGUCGCUCAACAUCAGUUUCUCCUUGUCCUGAUGUUACUGCUGCAGCUCGUGAAAAGAAGGGGCAACCAGAACUAAAUGGAGCACAGAUAAGCAGUGCCCAAAAUUUUCUGGCUCACUAUCCUCCUCUGGACAGCAAUCCAAGGUUAAGCCAGUCAAUGCAUUUUACAGGGUUUUCACUAGUAAAUGGAGCACCUCCCAACACACCUCCAUCUCAUUUUCCAGCUGGGCACACGCCCUUCUGUGCUGAGGCAGAAACAACAGUAUUGGAAGAACUGGAGAGAUUUGAGGACCCGUGCUAUGAUCCAGAUGCAAUUGCAUUGCUUGGGCCAGUUUCAGAAUCCCUAGACAACUUCCCUCCAGACUGGGAUAACAGGUUUACCUUAAAUGGUGUCGCCAAGGAACCACAUGUUAAGCCGUCACCAAUUGAGUCUCCCCUGUCAAGAUCACGGACUGUUGAAGAAAAGCCUAUAAAACCAUCACAUUUUUCUAUUUCCAAAGGGCCUGAUGGUUCGAUGACACCUGAGGCUACCGAUGAGCAAGGCACAUGGCAAAUGUGGAGCACACCAUUGGUUCAGGACACUUUAGGCCUGCGAGGUCCUCAGAUGCAGUGGCUUUUACCAAAUAAGGAUCAGUUUAACCAUGGUGUCAGUAACUUGAAUGGCGGAACAAGGAGCCCCCUCGGUGCUGGUUUGCAUGACAGUGAUUUAUGGCUGCAGAAAUCACCCUUCCAGCAAUUGCCUCUUGAUACAGAGAGUCUGUUCCUUUCACACAAUUUUCCAGAAACUCCUGUUCACAGUGAGCUGGGUUUCGGAUCUCCAAACAAAGUGGCCCACGCACACCCCUUUGGGCCACCUGGUCCUGGUCAUCCUUGGUCCAAGGAGGAACUGGUGCUGAAUGGACCUCAGGGAGUAAGUCAAAUCCACUCACCGACUGGAGCACAUGCUGGCUUAUUUCCAACUAAUCCUGAUAUGCAGUCAGUUUGGUCGUUCGAUCAAAAAAGAGACAGCAUGGAACCUACAAAAUGACAUUGCCUGAGCCAAGGCUCCCUUCCCUUGCCUCCCACCUUCUAGUUUAGGGAGUUGAGGAGAUAUGUUGGACCAGAUUGUAUUCCCUUGCGCCAAAACGAAACAUAGCCUUUUUAUUUAGUGAUAUCCUCACAUGUUAUGUUGCGCUCACCUGAUGAUUUUGAGUGGCGUAGUAUCUCUUGUGGAUUUAAUGCAAAACACGGCGUGAAUUCAGUGA